UAUCGAUGUACACUCAAAAUUAAUUGGAAAUUGAAAAAAAUUUACACAAUUAACCCCAACGCCUCUCUGUUUCUCUCUGCAACUCUCUCUCUCUCUCUCUCUCUCUCUCUCUCUGCAACUCUCUCACUCGCUCCCAUGGCGCCCAAGAAAUUAACAGAGUACGAGUGCCGACGGCUCGAGAACAUCAAGCGCAACGACCAAAUGCUCGCUUCUCUCAACAUCCAUUUUAAAAUCAACGAUCUCACAGCAUCAGCCAAACGCCAAAGAGCACAAACCAAGGUAAUUCCAGAGAAGAAACCAAAACCCGAAACCCCAAUCGUAACCCGAAGGUCUCUACGGAGAAGAGGAAUGCCACCACCCGAUGCCUCCACUGCAGGAGACCUAAAAAAAGACGAUUCAGACGAAACCCUAACUAAAACCCCCAAAUUAAAACCUAAAUUGGGCCCUAUUACCAUGAAAGAUGCUUAUUGCGGAGACGCCACUGACCAAAAACUAGCUGAAACAAUUAUCGGUGUUUCGAAGAAUUCCCAAUUGGGCAAUGGUGAUGAAAAUGAGAGUUUGGGUUAUCCGAUUAGGGUUUCGGGUUGCGUUGAUUUGGGAGCAGUGAAAUUGGAACCGAAGAAUAUAGCCAGGGUUGUGCCGGGGAGAGUACUGACGGUGAGGUUCUUUCCGUCGAUGGAUAUGAAGUUGGUAGCUGUGGGGAACAAGUUUGGGAACAUUGGAUUUUGGAAUGUUGAUGCUAAGGAGGAGGAUGGAGAUGGGAUUUAUUUGUACCAACCUCAUUCGGCGCCGGUCUCAGGGAUUGUAGUUCAACCAUGUUCAUUGUCAAAGGUAUAUAGCAGCUGCUAUGAUGGAUUUCUUCGGUUGAUGGAUGUUGAGAAGGAGCUGUUCAAUGUGUUGUAUUCCAGUGAUGAUGCUAUAUUUUCCAUUGCUCAACGACCGAAUGAGGUUAAGUCCAUAUAUUUUGCCGAGGGUCAAGGAAUUGUCAAUAUGUGGGAUGAGAGGGCUGGAAAACCUUUAACCCCAUGGACUUUACAUAAAGAUAGGAUCAACACAAUAGAUUUCAGCACAGAUAACACUAACAUCAUUGCAACAAGUUCCACAGAUGGCAGUGCUUGCAUUUGGGAUUUGAGAUAUGUUGAUGCAGUUGAGCCAAAGUGGUUGAAGAAGGUAAGCCACAAAAGGGCUGUGCAUUCUGCUUACUUUUCACCUUCUGGAAGCUGUCUAGCAACAACGAGUUUUGAUGACAAAGUCGGCUUACUGACUGGAGCUAAUUUUGAAGAUUUGAGUAUGAUGCAUCAUAAUAACCAGACGGGAAGAUGGAUUUCUUCAUUCAGAGCAAUAUGGGGCUGGGAUGAUUCAUACCUCUUCAUCGGCACUAUGAGCAGAGCAGUCAAUGUUAUCUCCACAGCUAGGAGAAGAAGUAUUGGAAUUUUGGAGAGCCCCCAUGUCUCUGCAAUUCCAUGUCGCUUUGAUGCACACCCUUACAAGAUUGGGAUGCUUGCGGGUGCCACAAGUGGCGGCCAGGUUUACAUGUGGACAACAGACUAAGGUUUGGAAACUGGAGCUUUUUUUUGCACCAGUGGUGUUGUGCUAUCGGAAAUCAACUUGUAGAGCAGCGAUUAUGUCGGUUUUCGAUGAUGUCUAGGCAAAUGUAGAAGUUAGGUUAAAUGACGAGGCUUCUUUUGUGGCUUUGUAAUUACUGCUUUUGUAGAACUGCGGUGUCAUGUUUAGUGGCUUCUGUUCUGCGUGAGAACUGGACAUCGACAUUUGUUCAAGGGCUUGAACGGAUGAAGUUAUUAGAUCUUACCUCAAAUAAAUGCAUGUCUGCAUAUUUCGAAGGGAAUGGAUGGACAACUUGAGUUUUUGCUCCAA